AUGGCGCACAUGACCAUCUCACUCUUGGAGAUCGUCAGCAUAGCGGUCACGGCCGCGGCGCUCGCCACCGGUGGAGCUGCUUCACCUCCCGCUCCGGCACCGAUGGAGAUGCCGGGCUGCCACACCAUCUGCGGCAACAUCAGUGUGCCGUAUCCGUUCGGCAUGGGGCCGGCCAGGUGCUACUGGCCGGGGUUCAACCUCACCUGCGAGAAUACUACGACCCCGCCGCGGCUGCUGCUCCGCGGCGCCGGCGGAGACAUCCUCCAGGUGGACCAUUUCAGCCUUCGCGAGUCGUCGGUGCUCGUCGAACGCACCCCGGGCGACGUAAAGAUCGACGGUGACGGCAACGGCUCAAUAUUCUCCGGAGGGCCUGACCACGGGACCUACAGCAUCAUGCUAUCAGACGACUGGGGAGGCGAAGGGAACGAACUCAUCCUGCUGGGAUGCGACGUGCGAGUGACGCUGAAACACGGCAACGCCACACUCAGCGCCUGCUCCACCCUGUGCGGCGACGAUCAACCCCAUCAGCCCAUGUGGUACGUGCCGUCCAGGCUCGAGACCAGCACGGUGUGCGCCGGCGUCGGCUGCUGCCAGGCGCCCAUCGUCUCCGCGGCGGCAGUGGUCGGGAACGUGCGGGUGCAGCUCGAGUGGUUCGGCCGGAACCGCAGCGCCGACGAGGAGCGGAUGCCCACGCGCGUGUUCGUCGCCGACCAUGGUUGGUUCGAGAAGAAACAGGUUUCCGAGCCGCUGCUGCUUCGGAAGCCGUCGGCUAGGGGAACAACGGGUAUCCCCGUGGACGGAGUUCCCGUGUGGCCGAGCUGGGAGGUCGACACCAACAUUUCUUCUUCCCAUGGCCAUGGCCACGUCGUGUGCGAUGAGGGUACACGAGGAGGAUAUACAUGCCGCUGCGAGAGUAACUACGAAGGCAACCCCUAUAUACCCGACGGAUGCCAAGAUAUCGACGAGUGUGGGCUUCAUCCGUGCCAUGAUGGUGGUGUUUGUACCAAUAGAGAUGGAGGGUUUGACUGCGGUUGCCCACCAGGAACCCAUGGUGACAAGGCCUUACCCGGUGGUUGCAUCCCUUUUGUCUCCGUCACAGAAACGGAAGGCAGUACAUGUGAAAGGACAUGUGGAGAUGUGGAUAUACCGUACCCAUUCGGCAUCGGUCCGUCCCACUGCUACCGGCCAGGCUUCAACCUUACAUGCGACUAUCCAAGCGGCAAGCCUCCGCGACUAUUAUUGGAUAGCUACGGCGUCUUCCAGAUUCAAGAGAUCUUCCUCCCAAACACCACAUUACAUGUUACUAGCUCUGUCGUUGCCAUUGAAGCUGCCUCCAACAAUAACUUCGGUUUUGAUUUUAACAAUUAUUUCACAAGCCGUGGGGAUGUGCUCUACUCGUUGUCCACCCGCAAUGAGCUCAUCCUCUCAGGGUGCAACGUUCAGGCAACGCUACUUGGGCAUGACAGUGAUGCAUCCAUCAUCAGCGGUUGCACUAGCUUCUGCUCCGAGGGAGAUGUCGGCGCUGGGAGGGUGCCGUUUGCAAGCAACAAGAACUGCUACAGCAUGGGUUGCUGCCAGGCACGCAUUUCCGAGCCCGUGGAGGGAGGCUUGCCUGGUUUGCUCACCCUCGAGUAUACUGACCCCAACAACUUCCAGGCGAACAUGUCACGACCCUCGUAUGCCCUAAUAGCGAAGGAGGGGUGGUUCGACAACCGCCUUGUCUCCGACCAACAAAUGCAGGCGCUUCAAAACAAGUUGAAAUUUGCGCCGUUAGUUCCUAUUGUUAUAGAAUGGAAGAUGUUGCCAUCAGAAUCAUUAAUCUUACAAGAUGUUGAUCAUGUGAAGUCAUCAUCGGACCUAAAUUGCCCUAGGGAGGUUGCUAUUGACAUCUGCAAGAGCAAGCAUAGUAGAUACAUACCAGCUGGGAUGAACAAACGCUAUUAUUGCCAGUGUCGGGAAGGCUACCACGACAACCCCUACAAAACCCAUGGAUGCAAAGGUGACAUCAUCUCAUCUAAAGAAAGGAUGAUCAUUACCUUGGAAGAGCUAAAGAAGGCAACACAUAAUUUUAAUAAAGAUCUUGUGGUUGGCGGUGGAGGGCAUGGUACUGUUUACAAAGGGAUUUUAUCAAACCAACAUAUUGUAGCCAUCAAGAAACCAAAAAGGGUGGUUCCGAAGGAGAUUGAUGAGUUUAUAAAUGAGGUUGCCAUCUUAUCACAAAUCAACCACAGGAAUGUGGUAAAACUCUUUGGUUGCUGCCUUGAAACUGAAGUCCCAAUGUUAGUCUAUGAUUUCAUAUCCAAUGGAACACUUUAUGAGCAUCUUCAUGUCGAAGGACCAAGAUUGUUAUCAUGGGGCCACAGACUGCGUAUAGCCAUUCAAACAUCAAAAUCUCUGGCAUAUCUUCAUUCAGCCACUGCAAUACCUAUCAUCCAUAGAGAUGUAAAGUCUGCUAACAUACUUUUGGAUGAUACUCUAACAGCAAAGGUAGCAGACUUUGGAGCAUCAAGGUACAUUCCCAUGGAGAAAUCUGGCUUGGAAACAAGGGCUCAAGGUACAAGAGGAUACUGGGACCCUAUGUACUUUUACACUGGACGCCUCACGGAGAAAAGUGAUGUUUACAGUUUUGGAGUUGUCCUUGUGGAACUGCUAACCAGGCAGAAACCGUUUUCAUAUUUGUCCUCAAAUGAUGAGAGUCUUGUUGUACAUUUUGUUACUUUGUUUGUGGAAGGGAAUUUGCUCCAUAUAUUAGACCCACAAGUUAUCGAGGAAGGAGGCAAAGAAGUCGAAGAAGUGGCUGCUAUUGCCGUAGCAUGUGUAAAAUUAAGUGAAGAGGAUCGUCCAACCAUGAGGCAAGUGGAGUUGACACUAGAAGGCGUUCGUACAUCUGAGGGGCGUGUUUUACAUAAUGCGGUGGCUAAGCAAGUUUACAAUAAUGGUAUCGAAGUAGGGGUUCAAUCUAAUAAAUCAGUUAGAGAAGGUAACGAGGGGUCAACAAGACGGUAUAGUAUGGAAGAAGAGUUCAUACUAUCUGCAAGUUGUCCUCGGUAG